CGCGCUGUUCUCGCCGUCGCGAAGAGCUGUUCCAGUUCGAGAUUUUCUAAACCAAGGCGACAGCCAAUUUCUGGCUUCACCAACACAACAACCAACCUCACAUCACGCCACUAAUCGCCGUGAGCCGCUGAGGGAUUGUCGCUUUCUCUCUCCUGCCCGGAAAUGCGGACGUCAUAAUAAGAGAAACACCCACACUCCAUCUCCUUUAGCAGCGGACAAUCUUCGACCACUGCGAUAGACAAAGUUACCGACGGCCACGAACGCCAACAAGGCGACCUUCAUCCUUCCCUCUCAAACUCCAUCCGAGAAUCCCUCCUGAGGCCGUAUAGAGAUGUCUUUCCCUCCUCCUCCCCCCGGAUGGGGUCCUCCGCCUCCACCCCCUCCGCCGCCGCCGCCCGGACCGCCGUCCUCACUUCCUCCGCCGCCUGCUAUUCCGGCACCACCUCCCCCUGGAUACCAGCCUCCCACGAACCCUCAGAUUGCCAAGUUUGCCCAAAAGAAGAAGGAAUGGCUUCGGGACCAGCGCAAUCGGUUUGGCGAGAAGCGGAAGGGUGGCUUCGUGGAAACGCAAAAGGCCGAUAUGCCGCCGGAACACCUGCGUAAGAUUGUGAAGGAUAUCGGCGACGUCUCGCAGAAGAAGUACACCAAUGACAAGCGAAGCUAUCUUGGUGCGCUGAAAUUCAUGCCUCAUGCAGUUUUGAAGCUGCUCGAGAACAUGCCGAUGCCUUGGGAAUCAGCGAGGGAGGUCAAGGUGCUCUACCAUGUCAAUGGUUGCCUGACGCUCGUCAAUGAGAUUCCACGCGUCAUCGAACCCGUAUUUUUUGCACAGUGGGCUACUAUGUGGACGACCAUGCGCAAGGAGAAGAGCGAUCGAAGACUGUUCAAACGGAUGCGGUUCCCUCCGUUUGACGAUGAAGAGCCACCCCUUUCUUGGUCCGAGAACAUCGAGGAUGUCGAACCGCUGGAGCCGAUCCAGAUGGAGCUCGACGAAGACGAAGAGGCUGCUGUGUACGAAUGGUUUUAUGACCAUCAACCUCUCCUGGACACGACACAUGUCAAUGGCCCAAGCUACAAGACAUGGAACCUCACACUGCCACAAAUGGCGAGCUUAUAUCGGCUCAGUCGUCCUUUGGUAUCUGAGGUUGUUGAUCAGAAUUACUUUUAUCUCUUCGAGCUCAAGAGCUUUCUCACGGCCAAAGCCUUGAAUGUUGCGCUGCCUGGCGGUCCUCGCUUUGAGCCACUUUACAAAGAUAUCGACCCCAAUGACGAGGAUUUCGGCGAGUUCAACGCCAUGGACCGCAUCAUUUUCAGAAACCCCAUCCGAACUGAAUGUCGAGUGUCCUAUCCCUAUCUUUACAAUGCUCUCCCGCGCAGCGUCCACCUUUCCUGGCAUUCGCAUCCUCAGGUAGUGUACACCCGAACAGAGGACCACAAUCUCCCUGCAUUCUACUUCGACACCAGCAUCAACCCCAUCUCAUCUCGGGCCGUGGCGCCGAAGAACCUCACCAUCAGUCAUGAAGACGAACUUUUUGGCCAGGGCAGCAACGAGGAGCCAGAAGAGGAGGAGUUCGAGCUUCCCGUGGGUGUUGAGCCGUUCAUGGCCGACGAGGAGCUUUAUACAGACGACACGGCAUCUGCGAUAGAACUGUGGUGGGCACCGUUUCCAUUUGACCGUCGCUCUGGGCGUAUGGUUCGGGCUCAAGAUGUUCCUCUAAUCAAGCACUGGUACCUCGAACACUGUCCACCAAAGCAGCCUGUGAAGGUUCGCGUCUCAUACCAGAAGCUUUUGAAGACGUACGUCCUCAACGAGCUUCACAAGAAGAAGCCCAAGUCGUUGCAAAAGCAAAGCUUGCUCAGGUCCCUGAAGCAGACCAAGUUCUUCCAGCAGACAACCAUCGACUGGGUAGAGGCAGGUCUUCAAGUCUGUCGCCAAGGUUUCAACAUGCUUAACUUGUUGAUUCAUCGCAAGAACCUUACCUAUCUCCAUCUUGAUUACAAUUUCAACCUGAAGCCCGUCAAGACUCUCACCACCAAGGAACGCAAAAAGUCGAGAUUUGGAAACGCCUUUCAUCUAAUGCGAGAGAUCUUGCGGCUCACCAAGCUCAUUGUCGAUGCCCAAGUGCAAUAUCGGCUGGGUAACAUUGACGCAUUUCAGCUCGCCGAUGGUAUCCUCUAUGCGUUCAACCAUGUGGGACAGCUGACGGGAAUGUAUCGAUACAAGUACAAGCUCAUGCACCAGAUUCGCUCUUGCAAGGAUUUGAAGCACUUGAUUUACUACCGGUUUAACGCGGGCCCUGUUGGCAAAGGCCCUGGCUGCGGUUUCUGGGCUCCUGCCUGGAGAGUCUGGCUGUUUUUCAUGCGCGGUAUUAUCCCCUUGCUGGAGCGCUGGCUUGGAAAUUUGCUGUCUCGUCAGUUUGAAGGCCGCCACAGCAAAGGCGUUGCCAAGACCGUCACGAAGCAGCGUGUCGAGUCACAUUUCGAUCUCGAGCUUCGGGCUUCGGUCAUGGCGGACCUGAUGGAUAUGAUGCCCGAGGGUAUCAAACAAAACAAGGUCAACACCGUGUUGCAGCAUCUCUCUGAGGCCUGGAGGUGCUGGAAGAGCAAUAUUCCGUGGAAGGUCCCAGGAUUGCCUGCUGCUAUUGAGAACAUCAUCCUCAGAUAUGUCAAGUCCAAGGCUGAUUGGUGGGUCUCGGUUGCUCACUACAACAGAGAGCGCAUCAGAAGGGGUGCCACCGUGGACAAGACCGUCGCCAAGAAGAACGUCGGCCGCCUUACCCGUCUCUGGCUCAAGGCUGAGCAGGAAAGGCAACACAACCAUAUGAAAGAUGGACCAUAUGUAUCCUCCGAGGAGGCCGUGGCCAUCUAUACGACCACUGUGCAUUGGCUCGAGUCCCGCAAGUUCUCCCCUAUUCCUUUCCCGAGUGUUUCCUACAAGCAUGAUACCAAGAUCCUCAUCUUGGCCCUCGAGCGUCUCCGCGAAGCCUACUCCACCAAGGGGAGACUUAACCAGAGCCAAAGAGAAGAGCUGGCCCUUAUUGAACAGGCAUACGACAGCCCGGGAACUACUCUCGAGCGGAUCAAGCGCUUCCUCUUGACGCAGCGGGCCUUCAAGGAGGUGGGCAUUGAUAUGAACGACAAUUAUAGCACCAUCAACCCUGUGUACGACAUUGAGCCCAUUGAGAAGAUCAGCGAUGCCUACCUGGAUCAGUAUCUCUGGUAUCAAGCCGACCAGCGUCACCUCUUUCCUGCUUGGAUCAAGCCGUCGGACUCUGAGGUCCCUCCUCUCCUCGUGUACAAGUGGGCUCAAGGUAUCAACAAUCUCGACCAAGUCUGGGAAACCGCAAAUGGGGAGUGCAACGUCAUGAUCGAGACCUCCUUGUCCAAGGUGUACGAGAAGAUCGAGCUCACGUUGCUCAAUUCGCUACUUCGCCUCAUCAUGGACCACAAUUUGGCCGACUACAUUACAGCCAAGAACAACGUCACACUGACCUACAAAGACAUGAGCCAUGUCAAUAGUUACGGCAUGAUUCGUGGCCUUCAGUUUUCGGCGUUUGUUUUCCAGUAUUAUGGGCUGAUUCUCGACCUUCUACUCCUGGGGCCUCAGCGCGCCAGCGAGAUUGCCGGCCCGCCUCAAAGCCCCAACGAUUUCCUCCAGUUCCAGGAUCGCGACACGGAGACGAGACACCCCAUUAGACUGUACACCAGAUACAUUGACAAAAUUUGGGUCUUUCUCCGCUUCACGGCUGACGAAUCGCGCGACCUCAUCCAGCGGUUUCUUACCGAACAACCGGAUCCAAAUUUUGAGAAUGUCAUCGGGUACAAGAGCAAGAAAUGCUGGCCGAGAGAUUCUCGCAUGCGCUUGAUGAGACACGAUGUCAACCUCGGCAGGGCUGUCUUUUGGGAUCUGAAGAAUCGACUACCAAGAUCCGUCACGACCAUCGAGUGGGAAGACACAUUUGCAAGUGUCUACAGCAAGGACAACCCAAACCUCCUGUUCUCAAUGUGCGGCUUCGAGGUGCGCAUUUUGCCCAAGAUUCGCAACCAGAAUGACGAGUUUCCCGUCAAGGACAGCGUUUGGUCACUGGUGAACAACGCCACCAAGGAGCGCACCGCCCACGCCUUUUUGCAGGUUACCGAGGAGGACAUUCAGAAGUUCAACAACCGCAUUCGCCAAAUCCUCAUGUCCUCGGGCUCAACCACGUUCACCAAGAUUGCCAACAAGUGGAACACUGCCUUGAUCGCUCUCUUCACGUACUACCGCGAGGCUGCUGUUUCGACUGUCAAUCUACUUGACACAAUUGUCAAGUGUGAGACUAAGAUCCAAACCCGAGUCAAGAUUGGCCUCAACUCAAAGAUGCCGUCGCGGUUCCCGCCUGCUGUAUUUUAUACCCCGAAAGAACUUGGUGGUCUGGGUAUGAUCUCUGGGUCUCACAUCUUGAUCCCAACGAGCGAUAAGCGAUGGUCCAAGCAGACCGAUGUCGGGGUCACUCAUUACCGUGCCGGCAUGUCUCACGACGAGGAAACCCUUAUUCCCAACAUCUUCCGCUACAUCAUUCCCUGGGAGGCCGAGUUCAUCGAUUCCCAACGCGUCUGGACGGAAUAUUCGCAGAAGAGGCUCGAGGCCAACCAGCAAAACAGGAGGCUGACCUUGGAGGAUCUAGAAGACAGCUGGGAUCGGGGUCUGCCGCGCAUCAACACGCUGUUCCAAAAGGACCGCAGCACGCUGAGCUUCGACAAGGGGUUCCGCACCCGGGCAGAGUUCAAGAUUUAUCAGUUGAUGAAGAGCAAUCCGUUCUGGUGGACCAGUCAGCGACACGAUGGCAAACUUUGGAACCUCAAUGCCUAUCGCACCGAUGUCAUUCAGGCACUGGGAGGUGUUGAGACGAUUCUCGAGCAUACUCUUUUCAAGGCAACAGGCUUCCCUUCUUGGGAGGGUCUAUUCUGGGAGCGGGCCUCCGGUUUCGAAGAAUCAAUGAAGUUCAAAAAGCUCACAAACGCCCAGCGGUCCGGUCUCAAUCAAAUCCCCAACCGUCGAUUCACUCUUUGGUGGAGCCCAACCAUCAACAGAGCAAAUGUUUACGUUGGUUUCCAGGUCCAACUGGAUUUGACUGGUAUUUUCCUUCACGGCAAGAUCCCGACCCUCAAGAUCUCUUUGAUCCAGAUCUUCCGCGCCCAUCUGUGGCAGAAAAUACACGAGUCGGUUGUCAUGGAUCUCUGCCAGGUCUUUGAUCAGGAACUGGAAGCUCUGAGCAUUGAAUCUGUUCAGAAAGAGACGAUCCACCCGCGUAAAUCCUACAAGAUGAACAGUUCCUGCGCGGACAUCCAGCUGUUUGCCAGCCACAAGUGGAAUGUUACGCGACCGUCCCUCCUGUUCGACAACAAAGAUGUCAUCGAGGCAACCACGACAAACAAGUUCUGGAUUGACGUUCAGCUGCGCUACGGCGACUACGACUCCCAUGAUAUUGAAAGAUAUGUCAGGGCCAAGUAUCUGGAUUACACCACCGAUAGCAUGAGCUUGUACCCAUCGCCUACCGGCCUCAUGAUUGGUAUCGACCUUGCCUACAACCUCUAUUCUGCUUACGGCCAGUACUUCCCAGGCCUGAAAACGCUGGUUCAGCAAGCCAUGUCCAAGAUCAUGAAGGCCAAUCCUGCUCUUUAUGUGUUGCGUGAGCGUAUCCGCAAAGGUCUUCAGCUGUAUGCCUCUGAGAGCAACCAAGAGUUCCUCAACUCGCAAAAUUAUUCCGAGCUUUUCAGCAAUCAGACUCAGCUCUUCAUUGACGACACAAAUGUGUACCGUGUGACGAUCCACAAGACCUUCGAGGGUAACCUGACCACGAAGCCCAUCAACGGUGCCAUCUUUAUCUUCAACCCUCGGACUGGGCAGCUGUUCCUGAAGAUUAUCCACACCAGCGUCUGGGCAGGGCAGAAGCGCUUGGGCCAGUUGGCGAAAUGGAAAACGGCUGAAGAAGUGGCAGCAUUGAUCAGAUCCCUUCCAGUAGAAGAGCAGCCCAAGCAGCUCAUUGUCACGCGGAAGGGUCUUUUGGAUCCUCUGGAGGUCAAUCUCCUGGACUUCCCCAAUAUCUCGAUUCGCGCUUCUGAGCUCCAGCUUCCCUUCCAGGCUGCCAUGAAGGUGGAGAAGCUUGGCGACAUGAUUUUGCGUGCCACCGAGCCUCAAAUGGUUCUUUUCAACCUCUACGAUGAGUGGCUCAAGAGCAUUUCUUCAUACACAGCAUUCUCUCGUCUUAUUCUCAUUCUCCGUGCCCUGCACGUCAACCAGGAUAAGACGAAAUUGAUAUUGCGUCCCGACAAGACUGUCAUCACUCAGGAUCAUCAUAUCUGGCCCUCCCUCUCGGAUGAGGAUUGGAUCAAGGUCGAAACGCAGCUUCGUGAUCUGAUCCUGAAUGACUACGGGAAGAAGAAUAAUGUCAAUGUCUCCAGUUUGACAAGUAGCGAAGUACGCGACAUCAUCUUGGGUAUGGAAAUUUCGGCCCCCUCUCUCCAGAGACAACAAGCUGCCGAGAUUGAAAAGCAGCAACAGGAGCAGCAGCAGCUUACUGCUGUCACAACCAAGACUCAAAAUGUGCAUGGAGAGGAGAUUAUCGUCACGACAACAUCGCAGUUUGAACAGCAGACAUUUGCGUCCAAGACCGAGUGGCGCACGAGGGCUAUCGCCACGUCGAAUUUGCGGACAAGGGCGAACAAUAUGUACGUGUCACCACUGGACAAUGAUGUGGAUGACAUCACAUAUGUGAUGCCCAAAAAUAUCCUCAAGAAGUUUAUCCAGAUUGCCGAUCUUCGAGUGCAGGUCGCGGGCUAUUUGUAUGGAGCUUCGCCUGCCGACAAUGAUCAAGUCAAGGAGGUUCGCUGUAUCGUCAUGGUGCCCCAGAUUGGUGGUUUGCGCAAUGUUCAGCUGCCUCAGCAUCUCCCUCAACAUGAUAUGCUCAAAGGAAUGGAGCCUCUCGGCAUUAUUCACACGACAUCUGGUAAUGAGCUUCCUUAUAUGUCGGCCAUGGAUGUUACCGAUCAUGCCCGAUUGCUUGAUGCCCACCCAUCGUGGAGCAAGGAGAGCACCCUAACUGUGGCAGUGUCCUUUACACCGGGCAGUGUCUCACUGUCAGCCUGGGCGCUCACGCCGCAGGGCUACAAAUGGGGUGCAGAGAAUAAGGAUGUCGGCAGCGACCAGCCCCAGGGGUUUACCACAACCAUGGGCGAGAAGAGGCAGUUACUGUUGAGUGAAAAGUUCAGGGGCUUCUUUCUAGUGCCUGAAUCAGGGAAGUGGAAUUACAGCUUCAUGGGUAGUGCCUUUGGCAGCCUGGAGAAGAAACCGGUCCAUGUUAAGCUGGAUACACCUGCGCCGUUUUACAGCGAUCAACACCGUCCGAUCCACUUCUCCAGUUUCAACGAGUUGGAAGAUAUCUGGGUGGACAGACAGGAUAACUUUGCAUAGGCUGAACAAAUGUCGAGGAGGAUGUAUCAGAGCAAGCGGGUAGUAAGGGGAAAAGCAUGGUAAUUUGUACUGCACAGAGGUGGUGUUUCUUUAAGGCGUUUCGUACUUUCGGGUUGGGGUUUUCCAUGCUUAAUAAUUAAGUGGGCAAACCUUGGGUGUUUGUCAGUUUGUAAAAAAGUCAUGCAAGAAGGAUGGUGGCUCACUGGGAGGAUGGAAAUAAUGAUAUGUUUAUGAACAAAGCCUAGGUUUCUCGCCAUUAUGUCCUGAUCCUCUGCCAAAAGGUGACAAGAAACAUGAAGCAUAUUGAUGUAAGAUCAUCUUGAUCCUCACCAACGA